UGCUGAGCAUCUCCGAUGUAAAUAAAAUAGUUAUCCUCUCUGUCAGCUCUUGCGCACUGCUGUGGAUGGCUGUGAACAGCACAGCCAUGCAAAGCAGUGUGGUUACAGUGAAGCACAAACACACCUAGCACACAGUUAACCCUUUGAUCACCCCAGAUGUUAACCCCUUCCUGCCCAGUGCCAUUAGUAAAGAGUCAGUGGUUUUUAUUAGCACUGAUCACUGUAUUGGUGUCAUUGGGGAUGUCAGUGACACCAAGUCAGUUCCGCCCAGUGACAGAAUGCCCGACGCAGUCCUACAGUCCCACUAUAAGUCGCUUAUCGCCGCCAUUACUAGUAAAAAUUAAAAAAGAAAUAAAUUCCAGCAUCUAUACCGCCAUUUGUAAAAGCUAUAACUGUCACGUAAACCAAUUAAUU